AUGAAUUACUGUAAUCAUCCUGUGGAAAUUAUCAUACCUAUACCUGAAUCUGCCCAGGUGCAUGUGCGUGCACCUGUACCUGUAUCUGCUCAGGUGCAUAUACGUGCACCUGUACCUGGAUUUGCUCAGGUGCAUGUACGUGCACCUGUACUUCUAUCUGCCCAGGUGCAUGUACGUGCACCUGUAUCUGCUCAGGUGCAUGUACGUGCACCUGUACCUGUAUUUGCUCAGGUGCAUGUACGUGCACCUGUACCUGUAUCUGCUCAGGUGCAUGUACGUGCACCUGUACUUCUAUCUGCCCAGGUGCAUGUACGUGCACCUGUAUCUGCUCAGGUGCAUGUACGUGCACCUGUACCUGUAUUUGCUCAGGUGCAUGUACGCGCACCUGUACCUGUAUCUGUUCAAGUGCAUGUACGUGCACCUGUACCUGUAUUUGCUCAGGUGCAUGUACGUGCACCUGUACCUGUAUCUGCCCAGGUGCAUGUACGUGCACCUGUACCUGUAUCUGCUCAGGUGCAUGUACGUGCACCUGUAUCUGCUCAGGUGCAUGUACGUGCACCUGUACCUGUAUCUGCUCAGGUGCAUGUACGCACACCUGUACCUGCCCAGGUGCAUGCACCUGUACCUGUAUUUGCUCAGGUGCAUGUACGUGCACCUGUACCUGUAUCUGCUCAGGUGCAUGUACGUGCACCUGUACCUGUAUUUGCUCAGGUGCAUGUACGUGCACCUGUACCUGUAUCUGCCCAGGUGCAUGUACGUGCACCUGUACCUGUAUCUGCUCAGGUGCAUGUACGUGCACCUGUACCUAUAUCUGCUCAGGUGAAUGUGCAUGUACGUGCACCUGUACCUGUAUUUGCUCAGGUGCAUGUACGUGCACCUGUACCUGUAUCUGCCCAGGUGCAUGUACGUGCACCUGUACCUGUAUCUGCCCAGGGGCAUGUACGUGCACCUGUACCUGUAUCUGCCCAGGUGCAUGUACGUGCACCUGUACCUGUAUCUGCCCAGGUGCAUGUACGUGCACCUGUAUCUGCCCAGGUGCAUGUACGUGCACCUGUAUCUGCCCAGAAGCAUGUGGUGAGCACGACCGAGGACAAACAUGCACACGGACACAAGGAAGCACGUACACGGGUGUAA